GUGAGCAGUAAGUGAUGCAGGCCUGGAAAGAGCUCCUUGUUGCAUGUGAGGGCAGCCGUGUGCAGGUCACCACAGUAACCGAUAAGAUCCAGUUCUUCGCUGUGGUGCGGGAACUAAGCAUGUGGAUGGAUGGAAUAAUGGGACAGAUUGGCUUAACUGAUGAUGCCAGGCGUGGGUCUUGGUGUUGGGCGGGUCCUUGUGUACGUGUCAGGGACCUCUCUGUGCUGGAUGGCAUGAUGUCCCAACAUCAGAAUCUGAAGAGUAAAAUAGAUAACAAGAGCAAGAACUUUGUGCAUUGCGUGGAGAUGGGAAAGAUGCUGCUCGCUGCACGCAACCCUGCAGCUGAAGAGGUACACACAAACUCAAACACUGAACCCUCUAUGUGCACGCCUUAAAAUGUGCAAACACAUACAUGGAACUAAAGUUAACCCGAUAAGCUUAACUUUCUUUUAAUUACUAUGUAAUUUAAAAAGCUACAGAUAUAUUUA